AUGGUCUCAUAUCUCAAAAACAAUAUUCACCAUGAUGAUUCUCUUUAGUACUCUCCAUCUUUCUCUCUUCUCUUUGGCACUUGCAAUCUCCGGUUACAUUUUCCUCAGGAAACUGAGAAAGUGUGAAGCUGACAGCUCAACCAUCCCUGAGCCAAUGGGAGCUUUGCCUUUAUUCGGCCACCUCCAUCUUCUGCGCGGUAAAGAACUCGUCUGCAAGAAACUUGCUGCCAUAUCCGACAAACUUGGUCCCAUCUUUUCCCUCAAGUUAGGGUUUUACAAACUGGUUGUAACCAGCGACCCCGAUAUCAUCAAAGAUUGUUUCACCACCAACGACUUGGUUCUAGCCACUAGACCCAAUAUAUCCUUUGGUCGGUACGUAGGCUACAACAACGCAGUUCUAGCGCUGGCUCCCUACGGAGACUAUUGGCGUGAGUUGCGUAAGAUCGCCACCGUCCAUCUAUUCUCAAACCAGAGCAUGGAGAUGCUCGGCCACAUUCGUUAUUCGGAAGUAAACGCGUUCAUUAAGCAGAUAUACAAAGCGGGUGGUGAUAAUACAUCGACUGUGAAGAUUGACUUGUUAUUCGAGUUUUUGACUUUCAAUAUAAUCCUUAAGAAGAUGGUUGGGAAGAGAACUGAAUUCGGCGAAGUGAAGAGCGAGGAGUGGCGUUAUAAGGAGGCGUUGAAGAGUAGCGAGUACUUGGCUGCUGUUUUCAUGAUAGGCGACGUGAUUCCAUGGUUGGGAUGGUUAGAUUUUUCAAAAAUUGCUCAAAUGAAAAAUACGUUUAAGGAGCUUGACUCGGCCAUCACUAAAUGGCUCCAAGAACAUCUAGAGAAGAGAUCAAGAAAUGAGAAUAAUAAAGAAGAGAAGACUAUCAUGGAUUUAUUGCUUGACAUCUUACCAGAAGAUGUUGUGAUAUGUGGACAUGUACGCGAUGUAAUUGUCAAGGCAACUAUAUUGGUUCUUACACUAACGGGAGCAGACAGUACAUCCAUCACCCUGACAUGGGCGGUAUCAUUGCUUCUUAACAAUCCUGCCGCUUUAAAAGCAGCACAAGAAGAGAUUGACAAUAUCGUAGGGAAAGAGAGGUGGGUUGAAGAAUCCGACAUACCAAACCUCAAGUACCUACAAGCUAUUGUCAAAGAAACUCACCGGCUUUAUCCACCGGCUCCUCUUACAGGAAUUCGCGAAGCGAGUAAAGACUGUUUACUUGGUGGAUACCGUGUUGAGAAAGGCUCACGCUUGCUCGUCAACAUCUGGAAACUUCACAGGGAUCCCAAGAUAUGGCCUGACCCCAAAACCUUCAAGCCUGAGAGGUUUAUGGAGGAGAAAUCGCGAUGCGGAAAGAGCGAUUCAGAGUACAUCCCGUUUAGUUCGGGAAGAAGGUCGUGUCCAGGGAUGAAUCUUGGCCUAAGAGUUGUUCACUUCGUGUUGGCUCGGUUGAUUCAGGGGUUUGAGUUGCACAAAGUGUCUGAUGAACCGCUGGAUAUGACUGAAGGGCCUGGUUUAGCCUUGCCAAAAAUCCAGCCAGUGGAAGUCGUGGCUAUGCCUCGGCUCGACCCUGAGUUGUACCGUUUACUUUAAUAUGUUAUGUAUCAAUAAUUAUCAGGGCACAUGUUGAGAUCAUGCCUUUCUGAUGCAGCUGAUAUAAGAGACGUAUGGAUUUAAGUUUAACUCUCCCAACUCAAAUAACUUUACUCAUUUAGAAGAUGUAUUUUCUUUCAUUCAUGACUUAUUCAAUAGUUCUAACUGGAAAAAAAACACGUUGAACAGUUUGUC